AAAAUCAAAAUAAAGAAAAUCAAACUUUUUAAACUGCUUAAAAGUGAAACACUCGCCCGCAUAAUUAAGACAUAAAACCGUGAAAUUAAAUACAACAAAAAAUCAAAUACAAACACGCACACACAGGCAGCUGCCGAGAUUGUGGUCGCAAUUUUUUUAAAGCUUGUUGUGGCGCGCUGUUGUUGUUGUUGUGCUCGUUGUUGUUCCAUCUCGUCUCGUGACACUCGGCAUAAAUAUUUAUGUUGACGCAUUUACCUGCGGCGCUGCAGCGUCGCUAAUGAAGCGCACGAAAAUGAAUGUGAAAGGACAUAAUUAUGCUUAUGUUUUACGUGUUAAGUGCUUGGCAAGCACGAUUAAGGCGCUUUAUCACCCGCAACAACGGCAGCAACACGAACUGAAACAAAAUCAACAGCAACAGCUGCGACGCCAGCAGCAGCAGCAGCAGCAACAGCAGCAGCAACAAAGGCGCUUACGGCAGGCCUUGUCGCAGCAGCAGCAGCGGCAACAGCAACUGUUUUAAGCACUCGCACAUACACUGGCACGCCCACUGGGCGUUAAGUAACAAGCAACAGCAACGGCAACAAGAACAAGAACAACAUGCUGAGCACAAUGACAACACCAGCCACAUUGCUUGAGUUUGGGGCAAUUGGUGAUGUCCCAAGCAUUUUGGAAAUAGAACUGCCAGCCAUAUUGUUCAACGAGAGCCUCUUCAUUGAACUGAAUGGCAGCCUAACCCAGCUGGAUGCUGGCAGCGGCGUCGGCAGUGGCGCCACCAACAACAUCAACAUCAACGGCAACAACAGCAGCAGCAACAGCAGCAGCGCAGCCAGCAAUUACAACACCGGCAACUACAAUGGCAGCAUUCUGCUCAUCAACGGCAGCAGCGGCUACAACAGCAGCAACACCAGCACCACCACCAAUGCAGACGGCAAUCUCACACAGCUGGAGGAGGAGCAACGUGUUGCCAAUGAGCGUGCCGCAGCUGAAUUUUGGCUAUUGGUCAAAAUGAUAGCCAUGACCGUUGUGCUUGGCCUAAUGAUACUCGUCACCAUUAUUGGCAACGUAUUUGUGAUUGCAGCCAUUAUACUCGAACGAAACUUGCAAAAUGUUGCUAAUUAUUUGGUCGCAUCUCUGGCAGUUGCUGAUUUAUUUGUUGCCUGUCUCGUCAUGCCGCUUGGCGCCGUCUACGAGAUAAGCAACGGCUGGAUCCUUGGACCGGAACUCUGCGAUAUUUGGACAUCCUGCGAUGUGCUCUGCUGCACAGCAUCCAUAUUGCACCUGGUGGCAAUCGCGGCAGACAGAUACUGGACCGUCACGAACAUUGAUUACAACAAUUUGCGUACUCCGCGACGCGUCUUCAUCAUGAUAUUCUGUGUGUGGUUCGCUGCGCUGAUUGUCUCGCUGGCACCGCAAUUUGGCUGGAAGGAUCCCGAGUACAUGAAGCGCAUAGAGGAACAGAAUUGCAUGGUCUCGCAGGAUGUGGCCUAUCAGAUAUUUGCCACAUGUUGCACGUUCUAUGUGCCGCUGUUGGUGAUUUUAUUUCUGUAUUGGAAAAUCUAUUUAAUUGCAAGGAAACGCAUACAGCGUCGCACACAAAAAUCAUUCAAUGUGACAUUAACGGAGACCGAGUGCGAUUCGAUGGCACGUGACGCGCCCAAGGAGCAGGCUGGCAAACGUCGUUGGCGGCGCGAACAACUGGAGGAUGCCGAAAAUGAAGCUGGCCAACUGCAGAGACGUUCACGUAAACGAAUUAAGAUAUGCUUUGGCCGUAACACAAACACGGCCAACAUCAAUGCGGGCACCGAGGGCGCCGUGGCACGUUCUGUGGCCGCCAUUGCCGUUGACUUUGCCAGCCUGGCCAUUACGCGGGAGGAGACUGAAUUCAGCACCAGUAACUAUGAUAACAAAAGCCACGCGGGCACCGAACUGACGACCAUCUCUAGCGAUGCCGAUGACUAUCGCACGAGCAAUGCUAACGAAAUCAUAACGCUCUCACAGCAGGUGGCCAGCGCCGCACAGCAGCAUCUAAUAGCAUCCCAUUUGAAUGCCAUUACGCCGCUAGCACAAUCCAUCGCCAUGGGCGGCCAGCCAACGGCAGCAGAGGGGGCUGGCACUGGUGCCACAAGUCCCAGUGGCACAACUGUUGGUCGGGGUGUACUGGCCAGCAUUGCCAAUCCACACCAGAAGCUGGCCAAACGGCGCCAGUUGCUGGAGGCGAAACGUGAACGUAAAGCAGCGCAAACAUUGGCCAUCAUCACCGGCGCCUUUGUCAUCUGUUGGCUGCCCUUCUUUGUCAUGGCCCUCACAAUGAGCCUGUGCAAGGAUUGCGAAAUUCAUCCAGCAGCUGCAUCGCUAUUCCUCUGGCUGGGCUACUUCAAUUCGACGCUCAAUCCGGUCAUCUAUACCAUUUUCAAUCCAGAGUUCCGUCGCGCCUUCAAGCGCAUUCUAUUUGGACGAAAGCAUGCGGCACGAGCGCGCAGUGCGAAAAUUUGAUUUCAACUGAAAACCAACGAGGACCAGUAUCUGUAAGCCACAACCUAAACCAAACAGGUGAAAGCAAAAGUUACUAAGAAACUAACAAAGCGAAAAAAAACAACAGGCAUAACAAACUCACAUAAAUAAUUCUGUAUAUAAACUCAAGAGAUAUCAACUCAGAUGCCAACUGAUCACAAAUGGCAUGUAAAAAUGGAUAUGUAAAUGAAACUGGAUAUGGAAUUGAUGUUAAAAGGCAUUACAGUAAAAUGAAACUAUAGUUAGGUGUUUAGAUUUGUAGUUUGUAGUGCGUUUGACGAUAUUUUUAGCAGAGACAAUCCUAAGUACAUGUACGCGAUAAGUAAUUCCUAAACCUACCUUAACGAAUAACACACACGUGCCCCAAACUAGCAACCGACAAAGAAGCAGAAAUCCAAAGCAAAUAGAUAACAAUUUUUAUAAGCUAUAUAGAAGAUGUUAGCUGUUAAGAGUAAUCACACAUACACACACAUA